AUGGCAGUGGGUAUUGCGGCGCUGGCUGCAAAAUUUGGUAAGCCAGCCUUGCUGCAUUUGAGAGUCCGUCGGCUGAGUGAGGCCUGGACGUCUGCCGUGGAGCUCUCCCUUGACGGCACCGCUGGAGCUGCGGCCUCCCUCGCAGAGUCCCGGGCGCCUUCGCGAUCGCCGCGUUUUCACCCAGAAGCAGCGAUGCAAACCAGCCGGCCUCCGCCGGCCCUCAGCGUCACUGCAGAGAGCUGCAUCCCAGCUGGCCUGCGCCUGGGUCCUGUCUCCGGCACCUUCAAACUGGGCAAGUACCUGUCCGAUCGGAGGGAGCCGGGACCCAAGAAAAAGGUGCGGAUGGUAAGAGGGGAACUAGUGGACGAAGCCGGAGGCUCCGCUGUGGAGUGGAUAGGGUUAAUCCGGGCUGCCAGACACUCACAAGAACAGACCUUGGAAGCUAUUGCAGAGCUACCGGGCGGCCAGAUUUUCUACCGGGCGCUGCGAGAUGUCCAGCCAGGAGAAGAGUUGACCGUAUGGUAUUCCAACUCUUUGGCUCAGUGGUUUGACAUACCCACUACGGCGACUCCGACACACGACGAAAAAGGCGAGGAGCGCUACAUCUGCUGGUACUGCUGGCGAACCUUUAAGUACCCCAACAGCCUAAAGGCCCACGUCCACUUCCACUGCGUGUUCAACAACGGCCGCAGUUUCCUGGGCUCGCCAGAGCACGCUCGGCCCUCGGAACUGUUCAGUCUGUCCCUAAAGUCAGCAGCCGUGCCGGCGCCUUUGAGGUCCAAUUGCCCCGGCGCGGCCAGGGAGAGCAUCAAGCGGGAAUCAUCCGGCUCGCCGCUAUUGGCCAAAGCGGGGGGAGAAGGGCGCAAGACGGCCAAAGAGGAGCAAGAGAGAGCCUUGGACAUGAGCGUUAGCUCGGGGCGGUGCCCGGGGCAGUUUCUGGGCCUGCUGGGUAGCGCCUCCGGGUGCAGCAACGGCUUGUCCUUCUACCCCGGGGUGAGAUCCGCCUUCAAGCCGACCGGCCUGGCCAAAGCGAACCAGGCGGACGCUUCUUCUUUCCGAGAAGAGGGCAAAGGCAGCGGUUUCAGCAAACUCUUGGGCAGCCUCAAGCCCAGCCGCUCCCGCGGCGAAGGCCCGCUGGGAGUGGGCAGCAGCCCCCACAAUAACCACUCCCACCACACCCCACACCCCCAUCACCACCCCGCCAAAUGCCACGCGGCUUCUGCCCCGCCCCCGCCUCCCUCAGCUGCGGCGGCUGGGGGAUUGGUCUAUUCGGGGGGCGUCCGAGGCUUCCCGCUCCUUUCGCACUUUGAUGAAGCCUCCGCCUUCAAGCACGUGGAGCGGGGUCUCCACGCCAGCCUCUCGCCUCCGGUCACCAGCCGCUAUCCUCCGCUCCCCAGUGGGCUACAUUUGGAGCGCUUUGCCGCAGCCUUGCCGCCCUUUGAAGGGCUGAAGCCCUAUGCCGCCUCAGGGGAAUGUAACCUCCCGUCCUUCAUGCCUUUCACCGUCUGCAACGGCGAGCUGCUCUACAACGCCCCCUACUAUCCGCUCAAGCUCCACUUCGGCAAUCUCCUCAAGUAUCCGGACUCGGUGUCGUAUUUUAAUGGGGCCGCCACGGCGGCCGCUGCUGCCGCCGCUGCAGCAGCCGCGGGGCUCGACCCGGCCGAGCUUGGCUCCUUGGCCAGCAUUGACCGCGAGAUCGCCAUACACACGCAGCAGCUGUCGGAGAUCGCAGCGGCCGAGAAGAGUCGCAGCCGCUUGGAGAGCUUGCAGCCAGCGUCGGCAGGCCCGGCAAGCGGCAAACCCAAGACCGGCCACCUGUGCCUGUACUGUGGCAAGCUGUACUCGCGCAAGUAUGGCCUGAAGAUCCACAUGCGGACUCAUACCGGCUACAAGCCCCUCAAGUGCAAGGUCUGCCUGCGGCCCUUCGGCGACCCCAGCAACCUCAACAAACACAUCCGCCUCCACGCCGAAGGCAACACCCCCUAUCGCUGCGAGUUCUGCGGCAAAGUGCUGGUCAGGCGCAGGGACCUGGAGAGGCACGUCAAAUCCCGGCACCCGGGCCAGAGCUUGCCCAAGGGCGGCAGCAGCGGCGCGGAGGACAGGAGUAGUGCCGACGCAGCCGGCUAUGCGCGCCAGGAGCUAAAGAGCGACGAGAGCGACGUCGACGUUUGCUUCACGGACGAUCAGAGCGACCAGGACACUGGCGGCGGCGGCGGCGGCGGCGACUGGGCCAAGGAGCAGCAAUAAGGAGAGGCGGAAGGGUGGUAUCGCGGCGGUGGGCGUGGGGAACAGCGCAGCAAAAGCUGCUGUUGCUCUCCACUGAAGUGGAAAGUCAAAGCAAAGAGCUUGAAUACAACUUGACAAUAAGACCACCGAUUUAAUUGAAACUUCAACCCGCAUCAUGUUUCAGGACAGGGUUUUUGGCCCAAUUCUAAGCACAUUUAAAUCAACCCAUUGGUGGUGGAAAUUUCUUCUGAUUUAAGAUUAUUUGGGAGGAAACAGUGCCUUUUUGCGUGAGGCGGGGGAGACGAGCAAGAAAGAAAGUAAGUCGGUGUCUCAAUGUCUGGAAGUGGAGAGUUAGUUCCAGUUUUACACCCAAAUGUACAUCUCAGUGGAACAGAAUAUCCCCACUUGGACGCUGGAAUACAUAAUCUGGUGUGAACACCAAAAGCACUACGAGGCACAACCCCAUUAAAUCAAUGGGACAAUUAUGAGUAGACACACAGGCUUGUGCUAUUAAUUGUGUUUUCUUAAAUGUAAGUCCUGCUGAGUCCAACCAGGUUCACUUCCUAGGAAAUACGGUAUGAAUUUCAACCUUUUGUUGAAAGUAUUUGUGGUAGAUUUCAAUCGAACUGGCUUUCACAUUUCAAGUAAGGCUGUAAACCUUAUCUGCCGAUUUUGGAUGAAUUCCUUUGUAAUCCAUGGAACUUUCUUAGGAGUAAACAUGUUUACUAUUGCACAGCAGGAAGGGGGUGUAGGAUCCCGAUGGGGUAACAGACACCCUAUUUGCAACUUAUUUAUAGCAGAACAAUAUUUGAGUAACCUUUGUAAAAAUAAAUAUUGAAAGCAUGAAUGAUAAAAGCAUGUCGUAUAUCAUUCUCAACAAGAUAAUUCUAUUUGGUUUGU